GCCCACUACCCAGCAUGCCAGUCGGUGCGCACUGAUCCACUGAUACUGUCGGUAAUAUGGCGGCCGUCAGUAAGUACCUGACAGCUAAAAACUCUUCGAUAGCUGGCGGAGUCCUACUCGUUUUAUACAUCCUGAAGCAAAGAAGAAGAAGAGGAGGCAAGUCAAGCGGCAAAAAAGGACGCUCAGAACUGGUGGUGAGCAAUGAAGACAAAGCAGCCAAGAAAGACCGUGCUGCGGUGGACUAUGUCUUCUUCCUCAGAAUCAGUAAGAUCAUCCGGAUCAUGGUGCCUCGCUGGUUCUGCAAAGAGACAGGAUACCUUGUUCUCAUAGCUGCCAUGUUGGUGACCAGGACAUAUUGUGACGUCUGGAUGAUCCAGAAUGGAACCAUGAUUGAAAGCGCAAUUAUCGGUCGUUCCAACACCGAUUUCAAGAACUACUUGUUCAACUUUUGCAAAGUCAUGCCACUUAUUGCAUUGGUGAAUAACUUCUUGAAGCUGGGUCUGAAUGAGCUGAAGCUGAGGUUCAGAGUGAGGCUAACCAAACACCUCUACGACGAGUACCUCAAAGGAUACACGUACUACAAAAUGGGCAACCUGGAUAACCGUAUCGCUAACGCUGACCAGCUGCUGACUCAGGAUGUAGAGAGGUUCUGUAACAGCGUGGUGGACCUCUACUCCAACCUCAGCAAGCCUCUCUUGGACAUUGGACUGUACAUCUUCAAGCUGACGUCUGCCAUCGGUGCCCAGGGCCCAGCGAGUAUGAUGACCUACCUGCUGGUCUCAGGCCUGUUCCUGACCAGACUACGACGGCCCAUCGGUAAGAUGACGGUGACAGAGCAGCGCUACGAGGGAGAGUACCGAUAUGUCAACUCGCGACUCAUCACCAACAGUGAGGAGAUUGCCUUCUACAACGGGAACAUGAGAGAGAAACAGACGAUUCACUCGACAUUUAAGAAACUGGUCGACCAUUUGCACAAGUUUAUCUUCUUCCGUUUCUCCAUGGGCUUCGUGGACAGCCUGAUCGCAAAGUACAUAGCCACUGUGGUGGGCUACUUGGUGGUGAGUCGGCCCUUCCUCAACCUAGCCGACCCCCGCCACAUGAACAGCAGCCAACCUGAGUUGCUGGAGGACUAUUACCAGAGUGGCAGGAUGCUACUGAGGAUGUCCCAGGCUCUGGGAAGGAUCGUACUGGCUGGUAGAGAGAUGACCAGGCUCUCUGGGUUCACCAUGCGUAUCACUGAGCUCAUGAAGGUCCUGAAGGAACUGAACUCUGGGAAGUACGAGCGUACCAUGGUCUCUCAUCAGGACAAGGAGUCAGAAGCCGUAGAAAGAGUCCCCCUUGUCCCGGGCAGCGGACAGAUCAUCAACGUUGACCACAUCAUCAAGUUUGAACACACACCACUGGCAACACCCAAUGGAGAUAUCCUGAUCAAGGACCUGACCUUUGAAGUGAGGUCUGGUACCAACGUGUUAGUGUGUGGGCCCAAUGGCUGUGGCAAGAGUUCACUCUUCAGAGUCCUGGGAGAGCUCUGGCCUCUGUUCGGAGGGCAGCUGACCAAGCCUGAGAGAGGGAAGCUCUUCUAUGUUCCUCAGAGACCGUAUAUGACCCUUGGCACCCUGAGGGAUCAGGUGAUUUACCCUGACACCUAUGAGGAACAGAAGCGAAAAGGAAUCUCUGACCAGGUGUUGAAGGAGUACCUGGACAAUGUCCAGCUGGGUCACAUCCUGGAGAGGGAGGGGACCUGGGACACCGUACAGGACUGGAUGGACGUCCUCAGUGGAGGAGAGAAGCAAAGGAUGGCGAUGGCUCGGUUGUUCUACCACAAGCCCCAGUUUGCAAUCCUGGAUGAGUGCACCAGUGCUGUGAGCGUUGAUGUGGAGGACUUCAUCUACAGCCACUGCAGAACGGUUGGCAUCAGUCUCUUCACCGUCUCUCACAGGAAGUCUUUGUGGAAACAUCACGAGUACUACCUUCACAUGGACGGGAGAGGGAACUACGACUUCAAACCCAUCACUGAGGAGACCAUUGAGUUUGGCUCCUAGACGAACAACACAACACACACACACACACCAUAAUUUGGCCUAGAAAAAGUUGCUCACUAAUUCUGCACUUAAAACCAAGUUUUUGAAGUAACCCUGUUUUUUUUUUGUUUUCUUUUUGACAAAUCUGUAUUUAAAAGCAUCUUGUUAGUCACGUGAUUGUAUAUAACUUGUAAUUUAUGGUCCAAAUUGGUCCAAACUCAUGCAGAUUACAGAAUGGGCUAAUCCCAAUCCAGAUGAAUUAUGUUUGUGUUAUACAACUGUGAACUGAAUCAUGCUUCAUAAUGAUUAAGAUGAGUUAGCCCCUACAGAGGACUCUAAUCUGAUGAAUUAACACAGGGAGGUGGUUGUUUUAGUGGUCUUUUAGACACGUCACUGAGGGCAGGUAACAGUAUAAACUGCUAUCUUGUCUUUUUUUUUUUUUAAAGGUAAAUGUAUAAUAUGCAAAUGAAGCUGCUUGUUUCCUCUGCUGGGGUGAAAUCCUUCCAUGUGCUUUCCUAGCCUGGUCGCUGAUAUUUGUACUGUCUGGGACCAGGCUAGUCCAUCUAGGCCUUUCCUAGCCUGGUCGCUGAUAUGUUUGUACUGUCUGGGACCAGGCUAGUCCAUCUAGGCCUUUCCUAGCCUGGUCCCUGAUGUUUGUACUGUCUGGGACCAGGCUAGUCCAUCUAGGCCUUUCCUAGCCUGGUCCCUGAUGUUUGUACUGUCUGGGACCCGGCUAGUCCAUCUAGGCCUUUCCUAGCCUGGUCCCUGAUGUUUGUACUGUCUGGGACCCGGCUAGUCCAUCUAGGCCUUUCCUAGCCUGGUCCCUGAUGUUUGUACUGUCUGGGACCAGGCUAGUCCAUCUAGGCCUUUCCUAGCCUGGUCCCUGAUGUUUGUACUGUCUGGGACCAGGCUAGUCCAUCUAGGCCUUUCCUAGCCUGGUCGCUGAUAUGUUUGUACUGUCCAGGACCUGGCUAGUCCAUCUAGGCCUUUCAUAGCCUGGUCCCUGAUGUUUGUACUGUCUGGGACCAGGCCAGUCCUAUGCCUUUUCGUAUAGUGGUCCCUGAUGUUUGUACUGUCUGGGAUCAGGCUAGUACUAUGCCUUUUGUAGCCUGGUCCCAUGAUAUGUUUGUACUGUCUAGGACCAGGCUAGUCCUCCUAGGCCUUUCAUAGCCUGGUCGCUGAUAUGUUUGUACUGUCUAGGACCUGGCUAGUCCAUCUAGGCCUUUCAUAGCCUGGUCCCUGAUGUUUGUACUGUCUGGGACCCGGCUAGUCCAUCUAGGCCUUUUGUAUCCUGGUCCCUGAUAUGUUGGUACUGUCUGGGACCAGGCUAGUACUAUGCCUUUCGUAGCCUGGUCCCAUGAUAUGUUGGUACUGUCUGGGACCAGGCUAGUACUAUGCCUUUCGUAGCCUGGUCCCAUGAUAUGUUGGUACUGUCUGGGACCAGGCUAGUACUAUGCCUUUCGUAGCCUGGUCCCAUGAUAUGUUUGUACUGUCUAGGACCAGGCUAGUCCUCCUAGGCCUUGGGUUAUGAAGCCUGACCUACUGUAGAGUAAAGAGGAAGUGUUGCCUGAAGCUGGAGAAUCCCUGUCCCCAGGUGCUUCCUCUAUGGCUUUUUCUCCGUUUUGUCUUUCAGCGUGUUCUCACCUCCCUCUGAAAACGCAUUGAAAGAGAAGGUCUGAGGAGAGGAGCCUUGGGAUUUCUCCAAUGUAGUUUGAGAAAGAGAUGAGGAAAGGGCCGAUGAGAGGAGCCCGGUGUGUGUUCGAGGAAGACUCUGAAUCACUCACAUUUACAAAUCAUCUAUCACAAAUAAGUUUCUGCACAGCGCUCGGUUGAAUCCCCUGGACCAGGUUUUCUGUCUCCUGUCUUUUUAAGCAUUUACGUACAUAAUCAGUCAUUCUCUCCAGCUGCUUGUAGCAGUAUGUGGACUUGGCACUAGAUGACAAAUCGACUGAUCUAUGAGAAUUGUGUGACGUGUGUUGUUCUUCAGAGUGAUCAGUGGUGCAGUUGAUCUGCAGAAACCCAGAAGGCUUUCUCCCCCUACCACAACAGUAACCACUACUAUAAUAUACUGACUGUAACAAUGGUGUUAUUGUUUUUUUGUGAACUGUAAAGAAACAGGCUCUGUAGAACUCAUGGUUAUAUGGGAGAGAGACUGUGUAAUAUAGUGAUUUGACUCUUUAAAAAAAAAAAAGUGCAUGCACCUGCAAUAAACUGUAUCAACAAUGCAUUUUCAUUAAAACAGAGAGACUGGA